AUGGCAGUACACAAAAUGAAGAUCGGAUUUAUUUUCACCGUAACCUACAUGUGCUUCUUCGCUCCUGUCUACCAAGCACACCCUCCGAGCGCCACCAUCUCAGAUCUUUCCUUCAAAAAUAUGGACUUUGCCAUGAACCUUUACAGGAAAAUAUCCAGCUUCCAUGACAAGAACAUCUUUUUCUCACCUCUGAGCAUCUCUACCAGCUUUGCUGCCCUCUUAAUGGCUUCUGAUGGUGUCACACGUGAGGAAAUGUUGAAGGUACUCAACCUGGAGCAGCUUGAGCAGGCUGACCAGCCAGAACUGAUCCCAAAACUCUUUCAGCUCCUCAAUGAGAACAUCACACAGAACGGAUCACUGAAACUUGACCACGGCAUGGCCCUCUUUGUGCACCCGCAAUGUGAGGUGGAAAUGACAUUUGCGGACCAAAUCAAGACAUUUUUUGACGCUGACGUCAAAAGUAUAGACUUUAGUGACACAAAAGGGAGUAUCAGCUUCAUCAACGAGUAUAUCAAGCAGAAGACUCAGGACAAAGUGACGGAGAUGAUCUCCACCCUGGAUGCAAUGACCCAAGUCAUGUUAAUCAACACAAUUUUCUUCCAGGGAGCCUGGCAGACACCUUUUAACCCCAAUUUCACCGAAAAUGCACCCUUCUACAUUGACAACUAUAGUGUUGUGCGAGUGCCGAUGAUGUUUAUGGAGGAUAAGUUCUACAUGAUGGAAGAUGUUCCUCUUGGUGCCAAAGUGCUGAAGCUACCAUACCAGGAAGGUGUUUCCAUGCUUAUCCUGCUACCCAACAAAGGCAUGGACUACACUGCAAUUGAUGAUGAGAUCACUGCUGAGAAGUUCCUCAGCUGGAUCAAAAAGCUGCAAAAAACCAAACUGGAAAUCAACAUACCCAAAUUCAAGAUGGAGCAGUCGUAUUCCCUUCACACUCUUCUACCAGAGAUGGGCAUGGCCAGCGUCUUCAGUAAUUCAGCCAAUUUGACAAAGCUGAGUAAGGACGAAGGCCUCAAAGCAUCAGAGGUGCUGCACAAGGCUAUGAUCGAGGUGGAUGAGACUGGGACCACUGCCGCAGCUGCCACAACAUCUGGCAUUACUCCAUAUUCCUUACCCACGACCUUCAUUGUCAACAGACCAUUCUUCUUCUUCAUAUACCAUGAAGACACAAACUGUAUGCUGUUCAUGGGCAGGGUGAUUGACCCCACAAAAAAUUAG